CCGGCGCCUGCUCCGUCCCCUCCCACUCGCCAGGCCCCUUCCUCCCUCCUCUCGCGGCCGCUCGCAUUUCCUGCCGCUCUGGCUCUCCCGGCCCCUGAAAGUUCGUCCCAACUUUUCUCACCCCGGGGAGGGCGCGACGGGCGCAGUCCGGGGGCAGGUUGCUGCGCUCGUGCUCGCUCCGCCGCCUGCCCUCCGGGCGCCGGUCCUCGGCGAGCAGCCGCCACUCCGUGGCCCCUGGCGGCGCGUCUCCUACCACCUCGGCCAGCCUCCCCGUCCCGGCUCCCUCUCUGGCGGGACAGCCCCGCGCCGGGGUGGUUCUCCUUUCCCCCCUUCUCCGGGCGCCCCCGCACCAACUCUCGCGCCGGGAUCGCAGCGGAAACCUCCCUCCCCUUUCGCCUCCUCCGGCUCCUUCCCUCCGCCCCUCCUCCGCCAGCCACUGGAAUCAAUUCCUUGGGGGGACUUGGGGCUCCGCCGCCCGCGGAGGGCAGCCUUUCGGCGCGGGACUCCGGGGUUCCGACGGGGCCAUGUAAGCAGCGACCCUCCGGAGCACCACGCCGGGCAUGGACGCCCUUUUCCGCACCUGGAGGAGCACGGGUGGUAGUGCCCCGUCACGAAGCUGCUAAGGCCAUCUCAAGGGCGUGGGCGCCGGGACACGAGGGCGGCAUCCCAGGCCUGCAGAGCCAUGCCUUUCGGCCUGAAGCUGCGCCGGACGCGGCGCUACAACGUCCUGAGCAAGAACUGCUUUGUCACUCGCAUCCGCCUGUUGGACAGCAGUGUUAUCGAGUGCACGCUGUCCGUGGAGAGCACGGGGCGGGAGUGCCUGGAGGCGGUGGCCCAGAGGCUGGAGCUGCGGGAGACACACUACUUUGGCCUUUGGUUUCUCAGCAAGAGCCAGCAAGCACGAUGGGUGGAGCUGGAGAAACCUCUGAAGAAACAUCUGGACAAGUUCGCUAAUGAGCCUCUGCUUUUCUUUGGAGUCAUGUUCUAUGUGCCAAAUGUGUCAUGGCUUCAGCAAGAAGCCACAAGAUAUCAGUAUUACCUGCAAGUCAAAAAAGACGUGCUUGAAGGGCGGUUGCGGUGUUCGCUGGAACAGGUGAUCCGGCUGGCAGGCUUAGCUGUGCAAGCUGAUUUUGGAGAUUAUAAUCAGUUUGAUUCUCAAGAUUUCCUCAGAGAAUAUGUACUAUUCCCUAUGGACUUGGCCCUGGAAGAAGCUGUUCUGGAGGAACUGACGCAGAAGGUGGCCCAGGAGCGCAAAGCCCACAGUGGAAUCCUGCCAGCAGAAGCCGAGCUUAUGUACAUCAACGAGGUGGAACGUUUGGAUGGAUUUGGACAGGAGAUCUUCCCUGUGAAGGACAAUCACGGAAACAGUGUGCACCUGGGCAUUUUCUUUAUGGGGAUUUUCGUGAGGAACAGAAUUGGAAGACAAGCAGUAAUCUACAGGUGGAAUGACAUGGGAAACAUCACCCACAACAAGUCGACUAUCCUGGUGGAGCUCGUCAACAAAGAGGAGACCGCCCUCUUUCACACGGAGGAUAUCGAAAAUGCCAAGUACAUAUCUCGACUGUUUGCUACGCGGCACAAAUUUUACAAGCAAAACAAAAUCUGCACCGAACAAUCCAAUUCUCCACCCCCUAUCAGACGCCAGCCCACCUGGAGCCGGUCCUCCCUGCCCCGGCAGCAGCCCUACAUCCUGCCUCCCAUGCACGUCCAGUGUGGCGAACACUACUCGGAAACACACACUUCUCAAGACAGCAUCUUCCAUGGGAAUGAAGAAGCCUUGUAUUGCAACUCACACAACAGCCUGGACUUAAGUUAUUUAAAUGGCACCGUCACCAACGGCGGCAGCGUGUGUAGCGUUCACAGUAUCAACUCCCUCAGCUGCUCCCAAAGCUUCAUCCAGGCUUCUCCCGUCUCCUCCAACCUCAGCAUCCCUGGGAGUGACAUCAUGCGGGCGGACUACAUCCCCAGCCACCGGCACAGUGCCAUCAUCGUACCAUCCUACCGGCCCACGCCCGAUUACGAGACGGUCAUGCGGCAGAUGAAGAGGGGCGUCGUGCACACGGACAGCCAGAGCCAGUCCCUGCGAAACCUCAACAUCAUCAACACCCACGCCUACAACCAGCCGGAGGACCUGGUGUACAGCCAGCCCGAGAUGCGGGAGAGGCACCCGUACACGAUCCCCUACGGGCCCCAGGGGGGCUACGCGAACAAACUGGUCAGCCCGUCGGACCAGCUCAACCCCACGAAUCCCACGGUGCCGAGCAAGCCGGGGGGGCCCAGCGCCAUCUCACACACGGUGAGUACGCCGGAGCUGGCCAACAUGCAGCUGCAGGGCGCCCAUAGCUACAACGCAGCCCACGUACUCAAAAACUAUCUCUUCCGGCCGCCGCCCCCCUACCCACGGCCCCGGCCGGCCACCAGCACACCGGACCUCGCCAGCCACCGCCACAAGUACGUCAGCGGCAGCAGCCCCGACCUGGUGACCCGAAAGGUUCAGCUGUCCGUGAAGACCUUCCAGGAGGACAGCUCUCCGGUGGUGCACCAGUCCCUCCAGGAGGUGAGCGAGCCCCUCACGGCCACCAAGCACCACGGUGCAGUGCACAAGCGUCACAGCCUGGAGGCGAUGAGCAGCAUGGUGAGGGGCAUGCAAGCCAUGACCCUGAAGUCGCUCAACAUCCCCACGGCCCGCCGCAACACCCUGCGGGAGCCGGGGCCUCCCGAGGAGGGCCCCGGCAGCCACGAGGUCCCCCAGCUCCCCCAGUAUCACCACAAGAAGACUCUCUCGGAUGCCACCAUGCUGAUCCACAGCAGCGAGAGCGAGGAGGAGGAGGAGGAGGCUCCCGACCCGGUGCCCCAGAUCCCUGUGCUCCGGGAGAAGGUGGAGUACAGCACCCAGCUACAGGCCGCCUUGGCCCGGAUUCCAAACAAGCCCCCACCCGAGUACCCCGGGCCCCGGAAAAGCGUGAGCAACGGGGCGCUGCGGCAGGACCAGGCGUGCCUGCCUCCUGCCGUGGCCCGGGCCAGGCUGCUGCGGCACGGGCCCGCCAAGGCCAUCAGCGUCUCCCGGGCCGACCAGCUGGCGGUCAACGGGGCCUCUCUCGGGCCAUCCAUCUCGGAGCCUGACCUGACGAGCGUGAAGGAGCGGGUCAAGAAAGAGCCUGUCAAGGAGAGACCUGUGUCUGAAAUGUUCUCCCUGGAGGACAGCAUUAUAGAGAGAGAGAUGAUGAUUCGGAAUCUAGAAAAGCAGAAGAUGGCAGGCCUGGAGGCGCAGAAGAGGCCACUGAUGUUGGCAGCCUUGAAUGGACUCUCAGUUGCUCGGGGCUCAGGGCGGGAGGAGAGUCGCGUCGAUGCCACCCGAGUUCCCAUGGACGAGAGGUUCAGAACCCUGAAAAAGAAGCUCGAAGAGGGAAUGGUGUUCACAGAAUACGAGCAAAUUCCAAAGAAAAAGGCAAAUGGCAUUUUCAGCACAGCGGCUCUGCCAGAAAAUGCUGAGCGCAGCCGAAUCCGCGAGGUGGUUCCCUAUGAGGAGAACCGCGUAGAGCUAAUACCAACCAAAGAAAAUAACACAGGCUACAUUAAUGCCUCCCACAUCAAGGUGGUGGUCGGUGGGGCAGAAUGGCACUACAUCGCCACUCAGGGGCCCCUGCCACACACUUGCCACGACUUCUGGCAGAUGGUGUGGGAGCAGGGAGCGAACGUGAUCGCCAUGGUCACUGCAGAGGAGGAAGGCGGACGAACCAAGAGCCACCGAUACUGGCCCAAACUGGGUUCCAAGCACAGCUCAGCCACCUAUGGCAAGUUCAAGGUCACCACGAAGUUCCGAACAGAUUCCGGUUGCUAUGCAACCACAGGCUUGAAGGUCAAGCACCUUCUGUCUGGGCAGGAAAGGACCGUGUGGCAUUUGCAAUAUACUGACUGGCCAGACCACGGCUGCCCAGAGGAUGUCCAAGGAUUUUUGUCCUACUUGGAGGAGAUCCAGUCAGUCCGUCGCCAUACCAACAGCAUGCUGGAAGGCACCAGGAACCUGCGCCCCCCGAUCGUGGUCCACUGCAGCGCCGGGGUGGGGCGGACCGGUGUGGUCAUCCUUUCUGAGCUGAUGAUCUACUGCCUGGAGCAUAAUGAAAAGGUGGAAGUACCGAUGAUGCUGAGGCUCCUCAGGGAGCAAAGGAUGUUUAUGAUCCAGACCAUCGCUCAGUACAAGUUUGUCUAUCAGGUCCUCAUCCAGUUUCUCCAAAACUCCAGACUCAUUUAACCCCCGCAUCCCCGACGGCAGUUCCUGGAAGAGGGGCCCAGCUCCAUCUCGUGGAUGGGGAAACACCUCCAGACAACAUCUGUUUCUCAGCAGGGCGCAGAUGGCCGGAGCAGGCAGAGGCCGCGGACUCCCUGAAGGCGGGAGCCAAGAUCACUUGCAAACAUUGUGUACUAUUUUAUAUGAGAUAAUUUAUUUUUUCCUCCUUUGGGAUAACUUUUGUGAAUCAUCCUAACUCAGUUUUCACAAUAAUAUAGUCUUUUCAUUUGAACCACA